GUGCAGCUCAUGGGAAACGUGAUCUACGACGAGAAGGGAGGCAUGUUAACAGGUUGACCAGGCCGAAGACCGCGAGAACGCGAGCCUUCAGCCGACACAGCCGUUAACUGGCGUGGAACAAAUUUGUGACAUCCUCAUCAUCACUGACAAUCUUUCCACGAUGGAUUCAGAAUCUUUCAAAAGUGUGAUUGUCUGUGGACAGUGUGGAGAAUGGUUUGGAGAUACGUUAUCCCAAGUCCAGCACAUGACCACGCACACCUUCACAACGACAGCAAGCAGCUCAGUUGGGACCAAGAUGGCCCUGGACUUCUUGCAGAGAUGCGACAGAGAUGCCUCUCGACAGAGUGAGUAUGACCAUGCUGAUGCUGCAGAUGAAUUCUCCUUUGAUAAGGGUAGCCUGACUGCAGAUGACACUUCAUCUAAUAAAGAGAAUGAGACUGAAGCUGACAACCAGGCUGCGCCCCCUCAUCAGAGGGACAGACUGCAUAUUUAUGGAGAAUGGGGAGAAUCUCUUGAUGAUUACAUACAUUGUGAUACUCACUGGAAGCAGGUUCAUUCUGAAAAUGACUACACUCCUUCUUCAGCUCGAGAACAUGAAAUGGACAAAAUGCCAUGUUCAGCUCGAGAACAUGAAAUGGACAAAAUGGGUAGCCAUUGGUCACAUUUAUGUAGAGAUGGGGCAUGUGACUCUAUUCACUUUGAGCAGCCUCAUGAGAACUGCGAGGACCUGAGCGGAUCUGAAAUGGGGAUGCAAGAACAUUCAAGAGUUCUGUGCUCAGGCACAGCUGAGGAUUCUCAGGAUGCAGAGUCGGAGUCAUCAGAUGUGGAACAUGCGUGUAAUGAAGGCAUGUGUACAAUUGAACACCCGUCUGAUGCCACACCAUGUGAAGUGGAGGCCAUGAGUCCUGUAAAAAGAUCCUCAGGUGCAAAUGGGGAUGAAUCAAUAGCUAGUACAAAAUGCAAGAUAGAUUGUGAUACACUAGGAAGUAUUGUAUAUGAAUCUAAAUUCUACGAGUCAAAUAGUAGAGAUGAAAACACCGGAAAAGGAAAUGCAUCAAAUAUUAAACAGAAUGUUCGUCAGGGCAAGAUGAAAGUGUAUUUGAAUACAGAGCUUGGCAAGAGAAAAUAUGGUAGAGGGGAGGGGAGUAGUUACUGCGCAGGCAGUAUGAAUAGAAAUGGAUCUCUGUGGGAUGAUGGCUCUAGGACAAAUCACACACGAAGUAGCAGUGUGACUGAGACUGUGAGGUCUGUGAAUGCAGGGAGCCGCCCUGAGCCUUCCAUGGAAGAUUGUCUUGGAGUAAAAGACUUGAACCGUAUUACAAUGCAAGAUGGGCAUGUUGAACAUUCAGCAGACAUUCAGGCUGUGAUGGUACUUGAUAAUCAAGGCAGGAAGUACCCUCCUGAUAAAAUGCCUGGAACUCGGUCACGUUCUUUCUAUCAGGAUACCUUAGAGCAGUCUGAGGGAUUCAGGAGGACUUCAGAUACUGCCUCAAGCACAGUGGACAUUUCACAAUACCAAACCGUGACAGACACGCAGAACUUAAGCCACAGUUUAAUGGUUGGUUUUAAUUCUUCUUCUGGUGCAGAGUCAAUGUCCAAUACACAUUUUGCAACUGAUAUGAAUCACAACAAAAAGUCAUUUCCGGGACAAUUUAUAGAAAGUAGAAAUCAAUUCUCUGAUGAGCAUGAAAGAACUUCAAGCCCAAGAAAAUGUAAGAACAGAGACAACAACCUUGAUAAUUUAUCAUUUAUCUUAAAAAAGAACAAAAAUUGCAAAAGUUACAGUAUUCAUAAGGCGCAAUUUAUGGAGGAGACUCGCACAGGACUACCUUUGUCUGAAAACAGAGAACAGCAGUAUGGUUACGACAUUAAUGAAACAAAAGACUAUAACCUUAAAAGACACGUUUCUGACUCUUCAUUAUUGUUUGAGAACAAACACAGUGAUUUCAUUUACAGCAGCGUGAAACUGUCCAACCAUUUGAACCAUCAGAACUACCUGCCUAUUGAGCAGCAUUCUCCAGAAGGGACAAGAUCAGGUAACAGUUGUACAACACAGUCUCUCAGUGGAGUGUUGAACCACAGGUGUAGCGUUUGUGGGGAGAGGUUUGAAGAUGCUCGGGAUCUACAGAAACACCUGAUCUCUCACACACAACAGUGUAAUGUUUGUGGUGAAGGUUUUGUCGAGUUGGAAAAUCUCAAUGCACAUUUAGACAUGCAUCCGAAGGAUGCUGAUGAAGACAAUGGGGAUGAAGGCAAGGAUGAGGAGGAUCUUCAGCAUCAGUUGUCAGGUGAUGUAGAUGCAACUGACCAUGCAAUCAAACACCGUGAACUUGAUUAUGAUCAGGGAUGUGCUGUAAAGGAUCCACCGAAAAAGAGUUACAGGUGUGAAAUAUGCUCAAAAUUAUUUGUUGCUAAACAGACUCUUCGUAUUCAUAUGAAUAUUCAUCUUGGCAGACGAUCAACAUGUCCUGUGUGCAAGCAGACAUUCUCUACAAAGUGGUCUCAGAAGAGACAUGCUGACAAGUACCAUAAUAAAGUGAAAGUUUGUGAAAAGUCUUUUUCGUCACCAAAUAGUUUAAAUAUUUAUAAAGCUAGUAAAGACUUUAUUCAACAAGACGACGAUAAUUCUUUUACGUGUGAGGUGUGUAAACGGGCGUUUUUGUCAAUAAAGAGCCUCAACAACCAUUCUAGGACACACCGAAAUAGGGUGGAGGAACUGCAGCAGUAUAUGAAGACCUUCAGAUGCAAGGAAUGUGGUCAGAUGUACUGCAGACAAGAGAGCUUAAUCGCUCACAUGAAUGUACAUGGUGACAAGUACAUGCAUUCUUGUGAGUCGUGUUUUGUUGGAUUUUCUACCCUCAUGGAGUUGGACUCUCACAUGCAACAACACAACAAUGUAGACGAAACGUUAAACAUUUGCUCCAUUUGUGGAAGAGGAUUUGAUCUUCAUACAACGUUGAUACAGCAUGUGCAACAGUGCAGGAGCUCCCAACAGGAUACACGUCGAGAACUGAAUCCACCCGUUUGUGGUAUGGUAUUUGAAGAUAUUAAGGUGAUGGAGAGCGACAAAGAAAAAAAGUUUCAGUGUCCUGUUUGCAGUAAAAAGUACUUGAGAAGGAAAUCUUUGAGACAUCAUAUGAAGAUGAAAAAACACUUAGCCUCCGAGCGAUUGUUUGGAAGUGGCUGUCAUUAAAGCUGUGUUGAAGCCAGUCUCUGGUCUUUAGAAACCUUCUAUUAAUAUACAUGAUGCUGUCUAGCACUGAAAUAAUGCAGUGUGUGUAUAUCUCUUGGGAGUCAUGGGCCUUUCAGAUUUUCUUCUUUUUGCAUAUUUGUUAAAUAUACAAAUGUGAAAAGUAUGUUUUUCACUUGAAUGUUUUUCAUUUUGUUAAGGUUUAGGCUCACCUUGUUAUUUUGUCCAUAUUUUUUU